GUUGGCUUUUGCUCUUUGAAUUGUACGUUUCGUGUUUUAUUACGAGUACUUUUUUUACGCAUUUUUUUUUGUGUAAGAGAUAAAAAAAACCGGUAAACAAGUAAAUAAUAUAAAAGAUAAAAGAAAAUAAGUGAAGUGAAUAAAAUAAAUUAAACUAAAAGAUUUAUAUUUACAUAUAUAUAUCGCCAGUCUAUUGUUAAAUAAUUACCCAGUAAAUUCUACACGAAAAGUGUGAAAAUUUUCAAAAGUGUAGCAGAAAAAAAAAGAUAAAGAAAAAUUUGUUUAGAAAAGUAUAAAAAUAAAUUUUUCCAUUAAAAAAAAACAAAAGCAACAACAAGUGCCAAUUUUAAAAGAAUUAACUCUUUGCUAAAAGCCUUAUUUUUACUGCGAAAAACUACAACUACAAAAUGUAUCCAUUUGGAUCCGGUAUGCCACAACCACACGCCACAUCUACAGGUUAUAAUACGAAUAAUCAACAUAGCGGUAUGCCAGCUGGUGUGCCAUUCGGUGCUGGCUGGAUAGCACCAACACAGCAUCCACAUCAGCAACAGCAACAACAACAAUCGAAUGUACACUAUCAAACAAAUUCAGCACCCUAUCCUACACAUAAUUCUGCUCCAUAUCCCACACACAAUGGUGCUGGUGGAGCUCCUUAUCCCACUGCAUCACCUUAUCCUCAUACUGCACCCUAUCCCUCUAAUCAACCACCUUAUCCACCAAGUGGUAAUCAAGGUGCUCCCUAUCCUGGUUCAUCUUAUCCUCACAAUCCACAACAGGCUGCAUAUCCUUCGGUAGCCCCCUCAUCAUCAUCACAAUCAUCACACUAUCAUAAUCCACAAUAUGCUACUCCCAUUAAUACAUCGAAUCAUCCAACAUCGUAUAAUCCACAACAUGGUUAUACACCCAUACGUACUUCAGGUGGCCUCGAAUCACCAGCUGGCAAUAUUCAACACUGUUUUGAAGAAUUGGCUCAAAGACAAGGUCAUCCCAUACAUCAUCAUCCUAUGCCACGCAAAGAGGGCACACCCACUGUUUUCCCAGCUCAAAAUUUUGACCCCGUUAAAGAUGCCCAUGAUUUGCGUAAGGCUAUGAAAGGUUUCGGUACCGAUGAGGAUGCCCUAAUCAAUAUCAUAUGCAGACGUUCUAACGAACAAAGACAAGAAAUCCAACGUCAAUAUAAAACACAUUUUGGCAAAGACCUUAUCGAAGACAUCAAAUCCGAAACUAGUGGCAAUUUUGAAAAGCUUCUUGUGGGACUUUUGCGUCCCAUUGUUGAUUACUAUUGCUGUGAAUUGAAUGAUGCCAUGGCUGGUCUGGGUACCGAUGAAGAUGUAUUAAUUGAAAUUUUAUGUACUUUAUCGAAUCAUGAAAUUCAUACCAUUAAAAAUCAGUAUUUGAGAUUAUAUGGUGCCCAUUUGGAGUCUGAACUAAAAUCUGAAACUUCUGGCAACUUUAAACGUUUAUUGGUCUCUCUUUGCACCGCUGCUCGUGAUGAAAGUGGUCACACUGAUCAAGCUGCUGCUCAGUCUGAUGCUCGUGAAUUGCUAAAGGCUGGUGAAUUGCGUGUGGGCACUGAUGAGAGCAUGUUUAAUAUGAUCUUGUGUCAGCGCAAUUAUCAACAAUUGAAAUUGAUUUUCCAAGAAUACGAACACAUGACUGGUCAUUCAUUGGAGAAGGCUAUUAAGAAAGAAUUCUCGGGAGAUAUUAUGGAAGGUCUUAUAGCCAUUUAUCGUUGCUGCACUAAUAAGGCUGAAUAUUUUGCAUCACGUUUACACAAAAGUAUGGCCGGUAUUGGCACCAAUGAUAAACAAUUGAUUCGUGUAAUUAUAACCAGAUGCGAGAUCGAUAUGGCUGAUAUUAAGGUGGCUUUCGAGCGUAUGUACGGCAAGAGUUUGAAGAGUUGGAUUAAGGGUGAUACCUCGGGUCACUAUAAACAUGCCUUGUAUGCUUUAGUUGGAGAACAACGUUCCAACUCUUAAGUUUUAUGCGCGAUGAAAUAGGGCGAGGAAAACUACAAUACAAUUUUUUUUUAAAUAAUAUAUUUUUUAUUAAAAGGAAAAA